AUGGGUAAAAAACGAGUUCUUGUUGGCUAUGGAGUUGACAUUGACGCUGUAGCUGGCUGGCUGGGCUCUUAUGGUGGCCAGGAUAGCAUUUGGGCAGGAACGCAUGGGACUCGCAGACUUCUCAAGCUUUUUGAGAAGUACGGCAUCAAAGCGACAUGGUUUAUUCCCGGGCACUCCCUUGAGUCCUUCCCUGAGGAAUGUGCCAUGGUCCGUGAUGCAGGUCAUGAGAUAGGCCUCCAUGGGUACUCUCACGAGAACCCGACAGACAUGACCCUUGAGCAACAGCGAGAUGUGCUUCACAAAACCUACCAACUACUCACCAAUUUCUGCGGCAAACCUCCUCGAGGUACCGUUGCACCGUGGUGGGAGACAAGCACGGAGGGAACGGAGCUUCUUCUGAGCUAUGGGAUAGAGUAUGACCACUCAAUGUCCCACCAUGAUUGUCAGAUGUAUUGGCUUCCCGCAGAAGUCAAAUGGACAAACAUCGAUUACACGAAAAAGGCAGAGGAGUGGAUGAAGCCGUUGGACCAAGGGAAGCCAACCGGCCUGGUUGAGAUCCCUGGAAAUUGGUAUCUCGACGAUUUGCCACCAAUGAUGUUCAUCAAGAACUCGCCGAACAGUCAUGGCUGGGUGAAUCCAAGAGAUGUGGAGGAUCUCUGGAAGGACCACUUCGACUAUUUCUAUCGUGAAUAUGACGAAUUUGUCUUUCCCAUGACUAUACACCCAGAUGUUUCUGGCCGCCCCCACGUGCUACUUAUGCAUGAACGGAUUAUUGAGUAUAUUAACAAACAUGAGGGGAUCGAAUGGGUGACCUUUGAGCAGAUGGCGGAUGACUUCAAGAGCAAAAAUAACCCUCCUCAAGGUGCUGCGAUGCCGGCAUCUCCUGAAUCUGUGCAGAAGAAGUUCAGUUCCUGA